AUGAACGGCGAGCUCUCCAGUCUUAACUCCCACCAGGACAGUGGAAUUGACAUUAAUCACAGAGGGAAUUGGCGGGUGGAAGGAAACGAACUAUCUUUAAACUCAUCUGAAACUCUAAAACGCAGCAUACCAACAGUAACUGGCUGACUGAUAAAGUGAAAUCAAAACGCAUUUAUUCCGGUGGGGAUGGUGUUUAAAACAGAGACAUCUGAAGGUUGCUUUCUCUCCAAAACGGAGUAAAACAAAGCAGAAAAAAACAUGCCAGAGAGCAGCUCUGUGAGUUCUGGAUCCACUGUGACUUCAAGUGACCGAGUGCUUUUACUGGCGAGCAGGGGAGAAUGGAUCGCGCUUGAGCUGACGCUUAAAGGCAUUGAAAAGGGGGGCCCUGAAAUCUCACACAUUGAUGAAGAGUCAGGUUUGACCCCGUUGAUGAUUGCAGUCAAAGAGAACCGGCUGUCGAUAGUGGAGAGAUUGCUGGAGCUAGGAGUGAACCUAACCGAUCGAACAAAGGACGGCAGGACUGCUCUCCAUGUGGCUGCAGCUCAUUCCAAAGAUGAAAUCGUCAAGCUGUUGGUGAAGAGAACAGAUCCGAAUGUACCUGGAGGGCCCAAAGAGCAGCUGCCAUUGCACUAUGCAGCCACUCGCCCCACAGGUGCCCAGAAUGUCAUCCAGACGUUACUCAAGUUCUCCCAUAAAGAUGCUCGCCUGGUCCAAGACGAGGAUGGCUGCAUCCCCCUGUUUUUGUCAGUUGAAGCUGGGAAUAUCGCAGUCUGUAAAGAACUUGUUGGAGUAAUGACUGAGGCGCAGCUCAGGGCACAGAAGAAGGGCAGUGGGGAUUCUCCUCUCCACGUGUGCUGCAGAAGGAAGGAUACAGACCUGGCGAAACUGCUGGUGGAAUACGGAGCCAGUGUGGAUUUCCAAAACGAGGAAGGACAGACUCCUCUGCACGUGGCUGCCUGGGAAGGCGAUGAAUCCAUGCUGAAAUAUUUCUACCAGUGUAAAGCCAACCCCAACAUUGCAGACAAGCUGGACAGAUCUCCUCUACACAUUGCAGCUGAAAGAGGCCACACCAACGUGGUGGAAGUCCUGACAGAGAAGUUCAGGUCCAAUGUUCUGGGCAGGACAAAGGAUGGCAGCACUCUGAUGCACAUUUCCGCCCAGUGUGGGCAUCCUGAAACAGCACUGGCUUUCCUGAAGAAAGGUGUCCCUUUGCACAUGCCCAACAAGUCGGGAGCAGUCUGUCUGCACGCAGCGGCUAAGAGAGGCCACACGGCAGUGGUGAAGGCUCUGCUCCUGAAAGGGGCCCACGUAGACACCACCACUAAGGACAGCUACAGCGCUCUGCAUAUCGCAGUGCAGCACUGCAAGCCUCUAGUGGUGCAGACUCUGCUGGGCUUCGGGGCUCAGGUGCAGCUCAAAGGGGGCAAGGCGAGGGAAACCCCAUUGCACAUCGCUGCCCGAGUGAAGGAGGGAGAGAAGGUGGCAGAGAUGCUGCUGAAGAGCGGGGCUGACGUCAAUGCAGAGCAGGAGAAUGGAGAGACAGCCAUGCACAUUGCUGCUCGCCACGGCAGCCUCAGAAUGCUGCAAGCUCUGAUUGAGGAGGGAGGAGACCUGACAUGCCAGUCUAAGGCUGGAGAGAACCCACUCCACAUUGCAGUGCGCCACUGCCAUGCUCACGUUGUAGAGGAGAUACUCAGCUAUCUGGCCAACGAGAAGAGUCAGGCUGAGGCCAUUGUGUGCGUCAGCCAGGAGAACAGGGAAGGAGAGACCCCGUUGCACCUGGCGGCUGAGAUAAAGAAGGAUAUGAUCCACUUUGAAGAGGAGGACACCAAGAUCAUCCGAAUCCUCAUGGAGUAUGACAUUGACAUCACAGCAGCAACCAGACUGACCUGUGAGACUCCCCUGCACUACUGCGCCCGAGUGGGGAACACUGACGUGCUCCUGGAGAUUUUGAAGAAUUUUAACGCCAACCAGCUGCAGCAGGCCAUCAACAAGCAUGACAAGAAUGGCUGGUCUCCGUUAUUGCUGGCUGCAGAGAGAGGUCACACAGAGAUGGUCAGGAUCCUGCUGCAGAAUCACGCUCGCGUGGACGUCUUUGAUGAACAUGGCAAGGCAGCGCUCCACCUUGCUGCAGGGAACGGUCACGAGGAGAUCGUAGAUAUCUUGCUGUCUCACAAGGCCUUCGUCAACGCCAAGACCAAGCUGGGACUGACCCCCCUGCACUUGGGAGCACAGAACGGGUACUGCAGGCUGGUGAAGCUGCUGGUGGAGACUCACAUGGCCAGCAUCGACGCACUCUCCUUGACUAAACGCACCCCAUUACACCUGGCAGCUCUCAGCGGUCAGCUGGACGUAUGCUGCAGUUUACUGAACAUGAAGGCAGAUGUUAAUGCCACGGACAUCCAUGGGCAGACCCCCCUCCACCUGGCUGCAGAGAAUGACCACUCGGAGGUGGUAAAGCUUUUCCUGAAGCACUGCCCGGAGCUGGCCACCUCUGCCAACGUGGAAGGAGCCACGUGCGCCCACAUCGCAGCGUCAAAGGGCAGUGUGGCUGUUAUCAAGGAGCUUCUCAAGUUCAGCAAAGUUGGGGUGACCUCUGCUCGUAAUCAGUCUAAUGAUUCCAGCCCCCUGCUCCUGGCAGCCGCUGGAGGUCACUCAGAGGUUGUGAAGGUUUUACUGGAGGCUGGCGCUUCAGCUGCAGAAGAGAACGCUGAGGGGAUGACUGCUAUCCAUUUAUCUGCUAAGAACGGGCACAUAAACGUCCUGGAUGCUCUUAAAGGGAGUAUGUCCUUUAAAAUAACUAGCACUAAGACCGGACUGACUGCGCUCCACGUGGCAGCCAGUUUCGGGCAGGUGGACUUUGUGCGGGAGAUCCUGAGAAGGGUGCCAGCGACAAUGCAGAGCGAGCCUCCCCAGAGUACAGCUGAGGGGCAGGGGAUCCGAGAGCAGCCCAGCGAGUCAGGGUUUACCCCCCUACAUCUCGCUGCCCAGUCAGGACAUGAGAGCCUGGUGAGGCUUCUACUCAACUACCCUGGGGUGCAGGCCGACGCAGAGACUAACCUACAUGGCUCCACUCCUCUGCACCUGGCAGCUCAGAACGGGCACACUGCGGUGGUGGGGCUGCUUCUCAGCAAGUCCACCUCCCAGCUGCACCUCAAGGACCGGCGUGGGCGCACCUGUCUCCACCUGGCUGCUGCCAACGGGCACCUUGAGAUGGUCAGGGGGCUGCUGGGCCAGGGGGCCGAGAUCAAUGACACAGACAAGAAUGGCUGGACUCCGCUCCACUUCGCGUCCAAGUCGGGGUUCCUGGAGACAGUGCGGCUCCUGGUUGAGAGUGGGGCGUCUGUGAAGCUCGAGUGUAAGGAGGGGCGGACCCCGAUUCAGUACGCUGCCGAGGAAAACCACCAGGGAACUGUGAGCUUCCUGCUCCGGAGAAACCACAACACUCUGAACCUGGUCGAGGACAGGAAGUUUAUUUUUGAUCUAAUGGUCUGCGGGAAACUGAACAACGACAAGGUUAUCGAGGAGUUUGUGCUGCACUCCAGAGCCCCCCUGGACACAGCUGUCAAGCUUUCCCGGGCAUUCAGCCUCACUGCCCUGAAAGAGAAGGAGCGCUCCAUGGACCUCCUCAACGCUGCCAAGUACUGUGAGGGCAUGGCCACUGAGCUCCUAACCGUCGCCUCUGGAGGCAAGACCGCCGGCUGCAUCCUGCGUGCAGUGGACCACCGGAGCACUCCCAUGCUGGACUGUCUGAUUGAGAGUCAGCAGAAGGACGUGGUGGCCCACCCAGCAGUGCAGAAGUACCUGACGGAGGUCUGGUAUGGAAACCUGAAGUGGGCGCCGUGGAAGAUAGUGCUCCUAUUCUUCUGCUUCCUGCUGUGCCCUGUGGUCUGGCUGGUCUUCUCCCUUCCCCUGAAUCACAGGUUCAAUAAGAUCCCCAUCAUGAAGUUCAUGAGCCACCUGGUGUCCCACAUAUACCUCUUGAUAUUCUUCAUUUUGACCAUUGUCUACCCUCCCAUCAGCCCUAUCUACCUGGGGAAGCUGCUGCCUUCUUGGAAUGAGUGGCUGCUCCUGGCCUGGCUCUCUGGGAUGCUAGUCUCUGAGCUGACCCACCCAGGGGAGAGGAUUGGCUUGGCUUGGAUCCGAGUCCUGGUCCUAGGUUUCUCUGCCAUCGCUUUCUUCUGUCACCUGCUUGCCUUUGCCUUCCAGUCGUCUGACCGCCUGCACUGCCUGUUUGCCCGCAAUAUCUUCUUAGCGGUCGCCAUGACCCUCAGCUUUGUGCAGUUCCUUGAGUUUCUGACCUUCCACCACCUCUUUGGUCCUUGGGCCAUCAUUAUCAGGGACCUCAUAAAGGACCUGGCCCGAUUUGCAGUCAUCCUCGUGCUGUUCCACACGGCCUUUACUAUGAAUCUCUCUGUUGUCUAUCAGCCGGUUUACCCCGAGGAAACACAGUCCGCCAAUAGCACAGGGGGUGAGAGCACUGAGAUCCAGACCCCUUUAGAGAUAUCCAUCAAGCUCUUCUUCGCGCUGUUUGGCCUCGUUGACCCAGAAGCCAUGCCCAAGCUUAGUCGAACGCCAGCGUUUACGAAUGUCAUCAGCAAUUUUUUUUACGGAAUGUAUUUGGUGGUUACCGUCAUCGUGCUGAUUAACCUUCUAAUUGCCAUGAUGAGCGACACCUACCAGCGAAUCCAGGCGCAGUCAGACACAGAGUGGAAGUUUGGGAGGGCCAUGCUCAUCAGGGAUAUGAACCGGAAAUCAGGAACGCCGUCCCCAUUUAACCUCUUUACCAACCUCUUCUGCUACUUCAAGAUGCUCUUCAAACGUGACGGUAAGAUCUGCUCCUCUGAUGGGAGGGACCUGAUGACAGAAGAGCAGGAGCUGGAUGCCUACACAGAUACCCGCUCCUUGGAUACGCUGGCACACACCUCUGUAGGCUGGAUGCGCACCACUAACAAGAGGACCCAGAUCUCCCCAGAAGGAGGAUUGGUAAGACAUUCCAGACAGAGUGGACUCAUACAUAUCGACGAAGUGACUGACUGGCAGAGUGUGGCACUUCGUUACUUAGCGAUGAAGGGGCAGACUGAUGGGACACUGCUGGAUAAAGACUUGUUUCCCUACGAGGAGACCAUGAGGGCAGAACACUUCAGAGCUGCAUCCACUGUGAAGAUACCAGACAGGAUCUCCUGACCUUCACUGGCCUUUUCCACUGUGAUGGUACCAGACGAGAUUUCCUGACUAACACUGACCUUUUCUACUGUGAUAGUACCAGACGAGAUUUCCUGACCAACACUGGCCUUUUCCGCUGUGACGGUACCAGAUGAGAUCUCCUGACCAACACUGGCCUUUUCCACUGCCUAACAGUAACACGGCCAACUGGGCUGCCAUCAUGCUCUCUGAAACAGUCGAUGGCAAUGCAGUCAGCCAGUACACAUCAAAUACCAAUGGAGCAUGUCUCUAUGGCAAUGCAGUCAGCCAGUACAUUUUCAAUUCCAAUGGAGCAUGUCUGUGUUGCAAUGCAGUCAAUGCACUUUGGCACGAGAGAUAAUUUACAGUACAAGCAGCUCACUCUCACUGGUCAGCUUGUUUAGUUUGGAAGAAAGCAUACCAUUUAUUCAAAGCUUCAUUCAGCCACCUGAUAGCUCUUGUCAGCCAACUUCAACUUAGACAGUAUAUACAUUUUUUAAUUUUGGGGUAAAAAAUUUAAAUAAAAACACAGGGUAUUUUUUAUUUUUUAUUUGUUUCUGUCCAACAUUUAUAUAUGAACACAAUAAUUUGUAUUUUUCUUUACUAUGUUAUAAUACAUCUUUUUACAUAAAUAUGUAAAUGUGGACUAUAGUCACGUCAGAAUUCUGCUAAGCCCCCCUCCAAUCUUUCAAAGCAUUGUUCACAAGAAAUGUUGUAUUGCUGCAGUCAUGAACGCAGAAUUAAAGAUUUAACGAGCAGCACUGUUCUGUUUUAUUGAAAUAAAUAUGCACAAGAUGUUUUUAAACUACAGUCCCUACUGAUGCCUACAAACCCCAUAGUCCUUACCCAUCACUCACAUGCUGCCAUUUACUCCUUCUCAGUAGAAUCAGACUCUGUGGCAACAACCGCUAGAAUUCUUUACUAAGGGUGUUUAAAAUGCUAACAACCAAGUGGCCCCUGAAACCCUGCAAAUGGAUUGCUCCUAUGUCUUGUAGAUUAAAAUUUCAUUUAAAAUGAAUAGAUAAAUAAGUGUUACUCUGCUUGUUGAUAACUAUGGAAAUCUUUGAACAAUGCAACCUCGCCACCUAAACCCUUUCAUAGUUAGUUAGGAAAAUGAAAUAAUUGCUACAGGGUUAGCCCUUUUAAAAAUGUACUGUAGUAUAUCAUGGUACAAACUUAGCAAAGUGUAGCACCACAGCACAGUACAAGUGUGGUAAAGUACAGAUAAGUAACAAAGCUUUGUAAAAAAACUAACAGGCUUGAGUAUUAUACAGCAUGUUAAAAGCGUAUGGCAGUAUAUUCAUUGUAAACUGCAACAUUACAGUGAGGGAGAACUUGCUGUGGAACACUCCUAUAAAGGCAGGUACUGCACUAGGAAUAGUAUUAACCCUUGUACAAUGGAUUUCGUCUCCUACUUUAUUGUGUAAACUAUUUUUGUUUUCUUUGUAUUUUA